ACCAAUACAUUCAAAUCUUGCAAGACAUGCAAAUACAUUAAAUCAAAUUUCCAUAUCAUGCUUCUUUAUAAGGAGUCUAUUUGGAAAGUUAUUUUGUGACGUGAAUGUACAAUAUAAGUAAAUUCAAUAUUUAAUUUAAAAAAUUCCAACAACAUUUUAUAUGAACAACUCCAGUCUCUCUUUUCUUCUAAACACAUAAUUUCACCAUCUCCACUUCUAUAGUUAUUGGAUUAAAUCUACUGCAUAUUUGGUGGAGCUGUACAUUAUGUGCAUUGGAGAAAUAGACGACCAACAAACAAACAAUAACAACAACAAACACAAUGUCUUAAAAUAAAAUAAAAAUGCUGUCGUUAAAAGUGCUGUGAUGCCCCUGCGCAACGCAAGGAGAUGGUCGAGUCCUGUGAAGCGAACCUUGCUCAGGCCGUGCUGCUCAUUACAGCUCUGCAGGCGUGGGAGAGAGGAGCAAGCCACCCCCCCCCCCCCCCUUUGCCUGAAUGCGUGACGCCGAGCGGCGAAUGCGCGAUGCUGCUGCCGCUGCUGCUGCAUCCUCCUCGUUCUCCUCCUCCUCCGUGCGCACAGUCACCCCACUCAGCCCGAUCAGGGGGCUCACCCUGCAGCUCGCCGGAAUACAGACGCCCCUGCUCUUCUCGCUCGUCUCUACAUGCGCGUUCGGGAGUACGAGCGCCGAUAAUGGCUACAGGCACGCUCCUGGGCAUCCCCGUCCUCGUCCUCGUCGCCCUCCUGGGCUCUGCGACGUCCGAGCGAGGUCAGAAUACCUGUGAUGAAACCCUUCAAGGUCUGAAUGGAACUAUUGAAAGCCCCGGAUUUCCAUAUGGAUACCCCAACAAAGCCAAUUGCACCUGGAUCAUCGUGGCCACGAACAAGAGUCGAAUUCAAUUGACUUUCCUUUCUUUUGCUCUGGAGCAGGAGUUUGACUUCAUGUUGGUUUUUGAUGGAGAAGCCAGGCCAGAGAAUUUUCGAGCGAGGUUCACAGGGUUCCAGCUGCCAUCGCCUAUCACAAGCACAGGACCACUGCUCACCAUGAAGCUGAGCAGCGAUUUUGCAGUGGGUGCUCAAGGAUUUAAGCUGACCUAUCAAGUCUUGUUCGGAGAUGUGUGCGGGAAUCCCGGAGUGCCACCCAAAGCAAUACUGCACGGCUCAAGCUUCAACAUUGGUGACCGGGUCCACUACAGCUGCGUCGCUGGCCACAUUCUGGAAGGACAACGUGCCCUCACCUGUACCUCAAAUCCAGGGCGAGGAGCCUCGUGGGACCUCCCUGUUCCCGUGUGCAGAGCCCGAGAGUCUUGUGGUGGCACAAUGCGUGGACCUGGAGGGAUGAUAUCCAGUCCCAACUUCCCGUCGGAGUACGACAAUGAUGCGGACUGCACGUGGAUCGUGCUGGCUGAGCAGGGGGAUACAAUCUCCCUGGUCUUCACCGACUUCCAGCUGGAAGAUCAGUAUGACCUUCUGGAGGUGGAGGGAGCCGACCCUCACUCUAUCUGGUUGACGGGAAUGAAUUUACCCUCUCCAAUCAUCAGCAGCAAAAACUGGAUGCGUCUUCGUUUCAUGUCGGACAAGGACCGUCGCCAGCGAGGUUUCAGCGCACAAUACCAAGUGAAAAGAGCAGUUGAUCUGAAGUCACGCGGUGUGAAGCUACCACCCAGCAAGGACAUCAACCAGAAGCAGCCAGUGUUGAAUGAGGGUGGAAUAACACAGGCUUCCAGCAGCUGCCCUGACCCUGGGGAGCCAGAACACGCCACCCGCAUCGGCUCCGAUUUCAGGCUCGGAGCAAUAGUUCAGUUUUCCUGCAAGGAAGGUUACGUGCUUCAGGGCUCCAGCAGCAUCCUGUGCCAGAAGGUCAAUGAUGUUUUUGCUGCAUGGAGUGAUAGCAGACCACUGUGCAAGGCUAAGACCUGCGGAUCGCACUUGGAAGGCCCCAGCGGUGUCAUCACCUCGCCAAACUUUCCACUGAAGUAUGACAACAAUGCCCAGUGCAUGUGGACCAUUACGGCUGUUAACCCUGGCAAGACAAUUCAAAUCAACUUUGAGAAGUUCGAGCUGGAAAGGGAUUUUGACAUGCUUACGGUGGGUGAUGGUCUCACUGACGGUGACCCUGAAACAGCAAUUGCAGUUCUGACAGGAACAAAUAUACCAGACGUAGUUGUCAGUACUACGGGACAAAUGUGGCUGCACUUGCAGACAGAUGAGAGUGUCAAUUCCCUGGGGUUCAAGAUUAUCUUCCAAGAGAUUACGGAGAGGAGCUGCGGAGACCCCGGGGUCCCUCAGCACGGGAGGCGGGAGGGCUCCGGCUUCUCCCACAGAGACUCGCUGACAUUUGAGUGUCAGGCAGCCUUUGAGCUCGUCGGGGAGAAGACCAUCACCUGUCAGAGCAACAACCAGUGGUCUGCAAACAUCCCCCACUGCAUCUUUCCGUGCUAUGUAAACUUCACUUCGCCAAGUGGAGAGAUGCUCUCUCCCAACUACCCCGAGGGCUACGGCAACAACGUGAACUGCGUGUGGCUGGUGCUCGCCGAGCCACGCAGCCGCAUCCACCUGCUCUUCCACGACUUCGACAUCGAGUCGCAGUUCGACUUCUUGACCGUGAAGGCCGGGGAGAGGGCCGACACGGCCGUGCUCGGCACCUUCACUGGCACGGAGGCGCCUUUCCAUCUGGCCAGCACGGGGCAGGUGCUGCGCCUUGAAUUCCAGUCGGAUCAUUCCGCCUCUGGCAGGGGCUUCAACAUCACUUAUGCCACAUUCGGCCACAAUGAAUGCUAUGAUCCUGGAGUCCCCACGAACGGCCGACGCUUUGGGGACAAUUUCCUGCUGGGCAGCUCGGUGUCAUUUGUCUGCGAAGAAGGUUUCAUCAAAACGCAGGGCUUUGAGGAGAUAACGUGCGUGACGCAAGGUGGAAGCGUCAUCUGGAAUGGGCAGAUACCGACGUGCGAAGCACCCUGCGGAGGGCUUCUUUCUGCACCUGUUGGUAACAUCCUCUCACCGGGAUGGCCAGGCCAGUACAAAGAUUCACUUAGCUGUGAGUGGUUGAUUGAAGCGCAGCAGGGACAUGCCAUCAAAAUAAAGUUCGUCAGAUUUCAGACCGAAGUAAAUUAUGAUGUGCUUCAAAUUCACGAUGGCCGGACUGAAGGUUCUCCUGUUGUUGGCUCCUACCAUGGAACCCAGGUUCCACAGUUUCUGCUCAGCAGUGGCAAUGCCCUGCUGCUGAUAUUCACGACAGACAGCAGCCGCUCCAGCUUUGGCUUCCACAUUCAGUAUGAGAGUAUCCCCGUGGACCGGCACUCUUGUCUAGAUCCAGGGAUCCCUGUAAAUGGACAGCGUAUGGGCAACGACUUUUCCAUACAGGCCACCGUUACCUACAGUUGCCGGCCUGGCUAUGCGCUCAGCCACACCAAUCCAUUGCGGUGCGAAGCAAACAGACGCUGGAACCACCCCCUUCCCGCCUGCGAUGCACCAUGCGGAGGGUACAUCCAGGGACACAGUGGAAUAAUCCUGUCACCAGGUUACCCUGAUUAUUACCCCAACUCCCUGAAUUGCACGUGGACCAUUGAAGUGUCUCAUGGAAAAGGGGUCCAAUUCGUGUUCCACACGUUUCAAGUGGAAAACCUGCAUGACUACCUGCUUAUCACGGAGAACGGCAGCUUCUCCCAGCCUCUGGCUCGCCUCACAGGGUCUACGCUGCCCACUGUGCUCCACGCCGGCAUCUACGGCAACUUCCAGGCUCAGCUGCGCUUCAUCUCCGACUUCUCAAUGUCCUACGAGGGCUUCAACAUGACCUUCAUGGAGUACCCGCUGGAGCCGUGCGAAGACCCAGGCACACCCACGUUCAGCCGACGGAGCGGCCGCAGCUUGGAUGUGGGCGACGUCCUCGCGUUCUCCUGCCUGCCUGGCUACCGUCUGGUCGGGGCACGGGCCCUCGUGUGUCUAGGUGGCGGGCGUAGGCUCUGGGAUGCCCCGCUCCCAAGGUGUGUGGCUGAAUGUGGGAGAUCGUCCACAGCCAAUGAGGGGGUGCUGCUGUCCCCCAAACACCCGCAGAAGUACGACGACAACCACGAAUGCAUCUACAGCGUGCAGGUCAAACCCGGCAUGGGCAUUCGACUGACAGCAAGAACCUUCCGCCUGGGACCUGGAGACUCCCUGAAGAUUUAUGAUGGGAGAGACGGUUCAGCGCGUUUGAUGAACGCCUUCACCACAUCUGAGUUGAAUGGAAAGACCAUCAACAGCACCUCCAACCACCUUUGGCUGGAAUUCAACACUGACUCUCAAGGCACAGACAUCGGAUUUCAAAUACUGUACUCUAGUUUUAAACUCACCCAGUGUGAGGAUCCAGGCGUGCCAGAGUUUGGGUACAAGGUCCGAGACCAGGGCUAUUUUGCUGGAGGCACCAUCACGUACGGCUGCAAUCCAGGCUACACCCUGCACGGCAACAAGCGGCUGACUUGCAUGAGCGGCGAGCGACGAGCCUGGGACCACCCUCUCCCUUCUUGCCAAGCGGAGUGCGGUGGCGAGAUAAAAGGUGAAUCAUCCGGUAGAAUCCUCUCACCAGGAUAUCCAGCCCCAUACGGACAUAAUCUCGAUUGCUUUUGGACAUUGGAGGCCAAACCUGCGCACACUAUCAGCCUCCACUUUGUGGUGUUCGACACGGAGGCGGCACACGACCUGCUCAAGGUGUGGGACGGGCCCUCCGUGCCCUCUCAGGCCGGGGUGCUGCUCAAGGAGCUCAGCGGCUCCGUGCUGCCCGACGACAUCCACAGCUCCCAGAGCUCCCUCUCCCUGCACUUCCAGUCAGACUUCUUCAUUAGCAAGACCGGCUUCGCCAUACAGUUCUCGUCGGCCGUGGCAAAGUCUUGCCGCGACCCCGGUGUGCCUGCAAAUGGCACGCGGAUCGGAGUGGGAAGAGAGGUUGGCGAGAGCGUGUCCUUUCAGUGCCAGCCAGGCUACGAGCUGCAGGGAGCUGCCACCAUCACCUGCAUGCAGAAGCAGAACCGCUACUACUGGCACCCAAGCCCUCCUUCCUGCACUGCCCCUUGCGGUGUUAACUUGACGGGCCCCUCCGGGAUCAUCCUCUCACCUAAUUAUCCACUGCCCUAUCCACACGGGAAGGAGUGCAAUUGGAGAGUCACUGUCACUGCGGAAUACGUUAUUUCACUGACGUUCAUCAGGUUCAACAUGGAAACCAAUUAUGACUUCCUGCACAUAUAUGAUGGCCCGGGCUCUUCCAGCCCACUGAUCGCCAGCCUGCAAGGCUCUAAGCUGCCCGGGCGGAUUGAGAGCACUGGAAACAGCAUGUUCAUGGCCUUUCGCAGCGAUGACUCCGUCAGCACAAACGGUUUUCAUAUUGAAUACAGAGAGAAACCACGGGAGUCUUGCUUUGAUCCUGGGCAUAUACAGAAUGGCUCUCGUAUCGGUACGGAUAUGAAGCUUGGCUCUACCAUUACCUACUUCUGCAAUGCGGGAUACAUCAUACAGGGCUACUCUACCCUUGUCUGCAUGAUGAAAGACGAUGGGAAGCCCGGGUGGAAUCGGCCCACCCCAGUUUGUAGUGCUCCUUGUGGAGGGAAGUCAUCUGGCUCCGAUGGAGUUGUGCUGUCCCCGAGCUAUCCAAGCAACUACACUGGUGGCCAGAACUGUCUCUAUUCCAUUUCCGUGCACGACAAUUUUGUGGUGUUUGGGCAGUUUGUGUAUUUUCAAACAUCUCUCAAUGACUUUGUGGAGGUGUAUGAUGGACCAUCUCAGAAGUCUCAGCUUCUGAGCUCUUUGACUGGCUCCCACACAGGGGAGGCAUUGCCUUUAAGUACAUCACAUCAAAUUACAAUAAAUUUUUCACCAAACAAGAACACAACAGCUAAAGGAUUCCACUUUAUUUACCAAGCUGUCCCGAGAACGAGUUCAACGCAGUGCAGCUCUGUUCCUGAGCCCAGGUUUGGACGGAGAGUCGGAAGCGACUUUUCGGCCAACUCUGUCGUGAAGUUUGAAUGCAGUCCCGGGUAUGCCCUUAAUGGGGUGAGCGCUGUGAAGUGUACCGUGGUACCAAAUUCCCUAGCGCAGUGGAACCAUUCAUUCCCCACCUGUAUAGUGCCCUGUGGGGGUAACCUGACAGAGCGCAGUGGGACCAUUUUGUCGCCUGGUUACCCGGAGCCUUACGACAACAACCUGAACUGCGUGUGGCGGAUCCUGGUACCGGAGGGAGCAGGAAUUCAGAUCCAGGUCGUAAGUUUUGCCACAGAACACAAUUGGGACUCCUUGGAGGUUUACGAUGGAGCCAAUGCUGACUCCCCCAGGCUUGGAAGCUUUUCAGGAACGACACUCCCUUCAUUAAUCAACAGCACGUCCAACCAACUGUACCUUCAUUUUCAAAGCGACCUCAGUGUUGGAGCAGCUGGAUUCCACCUAAUUUACACAGCAAUUGGUUUGUCAUCGUGUCCGGAACCCGUCGUACCAAGUAACAGCAUAAAAAUAGGGGACCGAUACCUGGUGAACGACGUUGUGUCCUUCCAGUGUGAGCCUGGCUAUACACUCGAGGGGCAUUCGUUCAUUUCCUGCAUGCCUGGCCCGGUCCGGCGUUGGAACUAUGCCCCUCCUCUGUGUAUUGCUCGCUGUGGCGGAACGUUUGAUGACUUUAAUGGUGUCGUCUUAAGUCCUGGUUUCCCUGGGAAUUACCCCUCCAACCUUGAUUGCACAUGGAAAAUUAACCUGCCCAUUGGCUUUGGAAUCUACUUCACAUUUCUCAACUUCUCCACUGAACCCAUCCAUGAUUACCUGGAGAUUAAAAGUGGUCCUGCUGAGGCUGGCACAGUCAUCGGCCGCUUCAGCGGUCCCUUACUCCCGGCCUCUCUUAUUAGCACAAUGCAUCUGACAACGCUGUACUUCCACAGUGAUUAUUCCCAGAACAAGCAAGGCUUCAAGAUCAGUUAUGAAGCAUAUGAGCUUCAGAAUUGUCCAGAUCCGAGACCUUUUACAAAUGGAUAUGUGGUUGGUAACAACUUUGGAGUUGGCCAGUCAAUUUCAUUUGAAUGUUUUCCUGGCUAUGUGCUGAUUGGUAGUGCAGUUCUUACUUGUCAGCAUGGCCACAGCAGACACUGGAGCUAUCCUAUACCCUCUUGUGAAGCUCCCUGUGGCGGCAACGUAACGGGACUGAGCGGCACUGUUUACUCGCCUGGGUUUCCAAACGAAUACCCAAACUUUCAGGACUGCUAUUGGCUCAUCAUGGUUCCCCCGGGGAAUGGCAUCUUUCUCAAUUUCACCGUUUUACAGACGGAGCCCGUCUACGACUUCAUCACUGUGUGGGAUGGACCAGACCAGAGGGCUCCACAGCUUGGCCUGUUCAGUGGCAACACUGCAAUGGAGUCACUGUAUAGCACAUCAGACAAGAUCCUUGUCAAGUUCCACAGUGACUUCUCAACCAGUGGCCUCUUCAUAAUUAACUUCUCAGCAUACCAGCUCCAGUCUUGCCAGCUGCCGCCUUUGGUGGCCAAUGCUGAGAUCCUGAUGGAAGAUGAGACAUUUGAAAUUGGCGAUAUAAUCAAGUACAGGUGUUUGCUGGGUUUCACGCUUGUUGGGAGUGAAGUGCUGACGUGCCAGCUGGGAACUCGCCUCCAAGCCAACGUCGCUUCGCCAACUUGUCAAGCACUCUGCUCGACAAAUGAGAUCAGACGAGAGUCAUCUGGUGUGAUCCUCAGUCCGGGUUAUCCAUCCAACUAUCCCAACCUGCAGACCUGUGGCUGGAUGCUGAGUGUUGAGAAGGGGUACACGAUCACGUUGUAUGUGGAGUUCUUUCAGAGUGAAAAACAGUACGACGAGCUGGAAAUCUUUGACGGUCCUACCAGCCAGGGUCGACGUCUGGCCGCACUGAGUGGAGAUUACAGCUCGCCAUUGAAUGUGACCAGCGCGAGCAAUCAGAUGUUUGUACGUUGGUCUGCCGACCACGCUACAAGCAAGAAAGGCUUCAGGAUCAGCUACACUGCUCAGUACUGCAGCACACCAGCCUCCCCGAGCCAUGGACUCGUUCUGAGCCAGACGGGGGGGCAGUUGGGCAGUGUGGUUCGCUGGGCCUGCCACACGGGUUACCGCCUAAUUGGACGCAGUUCAGCGGUUUGUAUGCAGUCUCCGUUGGGCAUCUUUACCUGGAACACUUCGGUGCCAGCAUGCCAGGCAAUAUCUUGCGGUUUGCCAAAAUCCCCCAUCUAUGGAGGCAUACAUGCGAUGGACUUCUCUCUCGGGGGCCAUGUGGCAUAUAGCUGUAAUGCUGGCUACACAAUGGUGGCCGGAGAGUCAGCAUCAGCUGUCUGCCUGGAGAAUGGGCAAUGGAGCAACCAUAAUCAUCCCCCACAGUGCACGGUGGUGGUAUGCCCCAGUGUCAGUGCCUUUUCGUUGGACCAUGGAAGCUGGCGAGUUGUCAAUGGUUCACACAGUGAGUUUGGGGCUCAGAUUACAUUUCAAUGUGAGCCGGGCUACUUCCUGAGGGGUCCCUCUGUUAUCCGCUGCCAGGCCAAUGGCACAUGGAGCUGGGAUGAGGAGCGACCAAAUUGUGAAAUAAUGUCCUGCGGAGAGCUGCCCAUUCCAGCUAAUGGGAAUAAAAUCGGCACACAGACCACAUUUGGUGCCACAGCGAUAUUCCGCUGUGAGAUGGGGUUCCUGUUGGUGGGCUCGGUGGUGCGAGAAUGUCUAUCCAGCGGCCUCUGGAGUGGCAAUGAAACACGCUGCAUUGCGGGACACUGUGGACCGCCAGAGGCACUGGUGAACGGAGAGGUGGUAGGCGUGGAGUUUGGUUACAGGGAUACCGUUGUCUACCAGUGCAACCCUGGCUUCCGACUAAUUGGCUCUUCUGUCCGCGUAUGCCAAAAGGACCAUAAGUGGUCCGGUCAAGUUCCCAACUGUGUCCCUCUCAGCUGUGGCCAUCCAGGCAAUCCAGUACACGGUGUUACGCAAGGCAAUUGGUACAGCUACUCGGAUGUGGUCAAUUUUACGUGCAAUACUGGGUACACGAGUGAAGGCUCAAUGCAUGCCCAAUGUCAGGCCAAUGGACAAUGGAGCUCUUCUAUUCCAGUGUGCAAAGUUGUCAACUGCACAGACCCUGGAAUCCCUCCCAAUGCCAUUCGAAAAGUGAGCAAAGGAAAUGAGAACUUUAUGUUUGGAGCGAUGGUGUUUUACGAAUGCAAUCCUGGAUAUUAUCUCUUUGGUUCAUCUGUGAUGACUUGUCAAGAAAAGGGUACCUGGGACCAUCAUCCAUCUCAGUGUGUGGCUGUAGGCCACCCGGGAGUGGCCCCCAAUUCCCUUCUGUCUGGGGAGAGGUUCACAUUCGGGGCGACCGUCACCUACAGCUGCACGGGGAGCCGCCUUCUCAUCGGCAACGCCACUCGCUCCUGCCAGGCCGAUGGGCGCUGGACUGGCUCCCAACCGCACUGCGCAGGGGAUUAUUAUGGAUUUUGUGGUGAUCCCGGGAUCCCGGUGCACGGUUUCCGCUCCGCGGAUGACGUACGUGUCCGCAGCACCAUCCGCUUCUACUGCGCCGAGGGAUACGUCCUGCGGGGAUCAAGAGAGCGCGUCUGUAACCCUGGGGGCGUCUGGUCCGGCACCCAGCCUGAUUGCCACGCGGUGUGGUGCGGGAACCCGGGCAUGCCGGCCGGAGGCUCCAUCCUGCACAGCGAUGGCGUGGUGUUCUCCAGCUCCGUGACGUACGCCUGCUGGGACGGCUACCAGAUGUCGGGCCUCUCUACCCGCCUCUGCAGCGCCAAUGCCACUUGGACCGGCGUUCUGCCAAACUGCACAGUAUUCAACUGUGGUGAACCCGGCUCUGUGGCCAAUGGUGUGCGCAUUGGAAGUGACUUCACAUUUGGCCACAAUGUCACGUACCACUGCAACCCAGGCUACAGGAUCGACCCACACCACUCAUCCACUCGGGUGUGUGGGAAAGAUGGGGCAUGGAGUGGAUCCCUGCCUCUCUGCAGAGUGAUCACGUGCAGGCAGCCGCCGAGGGUGCUGAACGGGCGGCUGUUGGGCUCAGACUUCUCGUGGGGAGCCAGCGUGAGCUACAGCUGCUCCUCGGGCUACGAGCUCUCCUUCCCUGCCACGCUCACCUGCGAGGGCAACGGCACAUGGAGGGGCGACGUACCACAGUGCCUGCCUGUAUUCUGCGGAGACCCAGGCACGCCGGCUGAGGGCAAGCGCGAAGGCAAGCGAUUCAUCUUCGAGGCAGACGUCUCCUUCAGCUGCAACCCUCCCCUGGUGCUUGUUGGCUCUUCUUUGCGGGCAUGCCGUGCAGAUAGGACCUGGAGUGGCACACAGCCACGGUGCAUUGAUCCGUCGCAGACAACGUGUUUAAACCCUGGAACACCUCAGUUUGGUGAGCAGAAUAUCACUCAAGGAUAUCAAGUUGACAGCACAGUUUCCUUUAGAUGCCAAAAAGGGUUUCACAUCCAAGGGUCUACCACAAGAAUCUGCCUUUCUGAUCUCACUUGGAGUGGAACUCAGCCAGAAUGCAUUUCGCACGGCUGCAAGCAGCUGGAGACCCCAGAAAAUGCAGACGUAGGGGCCGUGGAACUGCCCGGCCUGGGCUACACGCUCAUGUACAGCUGCCAGCCCGGAUUCUACCUGGCGGGGGGCUCGGAGCACCGCAGCUGCCGUCCCGACGGGACCUGGUCGGGAAAAACUCCCAUCUGCCAUCCUGGCCCAAAACCGAAUGAAAAAAGGAAUAUACCCACAAUGGGAUCUCUAAGCCCCAAACCAACUGUUCCAGACAGUGUGUUUGAGCUCAACUAUGUUUGGAAAGGCUCUUUUGACUACCAAGGGCGCAAACAUCAAGCCACGCUCAUAAUAAAGGGUUUCAAUGCUUCAACCGGCCGAAUGAACUGCAGUUUCAUGGCUAACCUCAUGGAGUUAGCUUUGACAGGUGUUUAUAAAGGGGAAGAUGCACGACUGCUCUUGAGAAUCCGACAGGUCUACAACUUGGAUUACAACUUAAUCGCCAGAGUCAAUGAAGAGAGCUGGGCUAUGGAUGGUUUUGUGUCGGUGGAGCAUGAUGGAUUAACCUACAUCUACGAAGGGUUCAUUCAAGCGAAGGAAUUUGGCUCGUUUGGUUUUCAGAGAGCAGGCACAAUAAACACAAGUCGGGGACUGGAGCCUUCUGGGCAGAAGUUGGGCACCAGCAGCAGCUCAGUCGCCAUCGCCAUCCUCGUGCCCUUCUUUGCCCUCAUCUUCGCUGGCUUUGCCUUCUACCUUUACAAGCAGAGGUCAGUUCCGCAGGUGCGGUACAAUGGUUAUUCAGGUCAUGAAACCAGCAACAGGCAGUCCAUGUUUGAAAACCCCAUGUACGACACUAACAUGAAACCUGCGGAGAGUAAGGCUGUGCGAUUUGAUACUCGACUCAACACUGAGCAAAUAACAUCAACCAUGGUAUGAAGACAUUUAGAACUCACCAGUCAUCAGUGGCACCAUCACAGUGGAAUGUGAAGUGACCUCAUAUCAAAAUUUCAGACGUUUGACUUUCAAGCUUCAUUUUAUCUGGUUUGGUUACAUUGACCAUAAAUCAUAGCUUCACUUGUACAUGUACUUUCCAAAGCUGAUAUUUCUCCCGCUGCACAGGGGACACAAAAAAUUAUACAAAAUAAAUAAUGAACAUAU